AUGGCGCCCCUAUUACAUGGUACUCCUCCGCCAGAGCUCAGAAUCCACAAUGAUGUCCCUUUAUCAAAGCGUGUUGUCUCUGUUGUUGGAACGGGCGCCCAUUAUCCCUCAUACGAGUUCCCAUCUGACGAACUCGAAAAGCUAAUUUCAGCAGCCCAUGAUCCUAACGACCCAGCGAUACGAAAGACCUUGCACAUCAAUGAAAAAUCAAGAAUACAGUACCGCUAUACUGCCGUGCCAUUGGACGACCCCUACUGGAGUGGCCCAAAGCUCCCAGAUGUUGCUGGCUGUGAUGCCCUGUUCAGAAAAUAUGGUGUCCCAGUCGCAGAAGAGGCAGCGAGGAAAGCACUUGCGGACUGGAAUGGUUCUUUAAACGAUAUCACCCACAUUGUCGUAGUUACAUGUACGAACACAGCCAAUCCAGGGCUGGACUACAUGAUUUGUGAGAGGCUAGGUCUCCACAAAAAUGUGCAACGUACUCUCCUUCAUGGCGUUGGCUGUGCAGGUGGCGUCUCUGCUCUACGCACGGCAAAUGAACUUCUUCUUGGAGCAGCAUUCCAAGGAAGGCCAGGAAGAGCGCUCGUUGUUGCGUGCGAGAUUUGUACAAUCUUUUUCCGUUCAAUGCUGGAGGAUAUUGUCAAAACCCAAGAGGCAAACGUUGCCAUGGCCCUUUUCGGCGAUGGCGCUAGUGCUAUGGUGCUGAGCAAUGGGAUUGGCCCCGAAACCUUUGAACGAGCUCCUCUCUGGAAUAUUCUCAACUCUCGCACAACUCUCCUCGAGGAUUCUCUUUCUAGCCUCCAGUUCAAUAUCCACCCCAAUGGGUACAAUCCAGUGAUCACGAAGGAUGUCCCCGGACAGACUUCAGCGGCGCUUCCUUCCGGCUUUCACGACCUUAUAGCGUCUACCCCUUCAUUAUGUUCUGACAAAUCUAAUUUUGAUCCUUCUUCCUAUGACUGGGCCUUACAUCCGGGAGGUUACAGUAUCGCGGUUCUUGCACAGAGCGCCCUGGGUAUUACGGAACACCACCUGCGAAAGACCUAUGAUGUUUACCGCUUGAGGGGAAACACCAGCUCGAGCACUGUCAUCAGCGUUAUUAACGAGCUUGCCAAGGAACAAGACACCCCAGAAUCUGGACGGGGCAAAGUGAUUGUCGCUGCCUUCGGACCCGGUAUUACCAUGGAGAUGGCGGUCAUGGCGCGGCCGGCCUAG